AUGGCAUCCUCUCCCAUGAAUAAAUAUUGGAUACCGCAUCUUGACAUCCACAAGAAGGUCAUCACCCAGGAGCUCCAAUACUAUCUAGGGCCAGAUGCCACCGUUAGACCGUAUACCCGAGAAGGAGAGGACGGCUUCCUAAUCUCUACACCCGGGCCAUGCUUGACAGACGAACAGAUUGACGACAUCUGCUUGAAAUCGAAGGAGAUGUGGGAGAAGCAGGCCGCAGCGCGCUCGCAAUUAAAUCCCGAGAGGCCUCUCAAGCGCCCAUUACACCAGCCAGUAUUAAUCUCAAAUGGAUCCGGAGAGGGCUCAAAGCGCCGCGGAAAAGAUCGAAGAAUUCAUAAUUCUCGGCGACCAUACGAUGACAAGAAAGGGGGCGAGAUGUCCCGGAAGUGA